AUAUUAACAGGUGGCGAGGCCUCGGGAGCUCACGUGGGAGGAGUCAUGGAAGUAGGAGACAGUGGCAGACAGCUGGAGGAUGGCACUGUACGUGCAAGUGUGCGUGCGUGACUCAGACGCAGCCAAUCAUGGCAGACUUCCCAUCCAAGGUUACCACGGAGACUGGUUCCCAGAACAAUCAGCAGAGGACCAACAGCCUCAGAGGGCUGGCAGCUAAUGUCACCGCGAGCAUGGACGUGUCUUUUAUCAGGAGCAUGCCCUCGGUCCUCAUGAUGGCUCAAAUAGUUUGGGGGCUGCUCCACUGGGCGCUGAUCGCCAGCGCGCCUUACAUGUGGGCGCCGGCCAACGGCUGGGUGCUGUUUGUGGCCAUCACGUUCUGGCUUCUCACCGGCAUCCUCUUCUCCGUGAACCUCUUCGGUGCCCGGAGGAGACUCACCGCUGUGCCCUGGCCGCUCACGGUGAUGGCGUACCACGCAGUAGCCACGCUCCUCUAUCUGACUGCUUUCCUGGCCAAUGCCGCAUCUGUUCAGGCCUUCUCCUCCAGCUACUUCUUUGGACACAUGGCCGCCGCCGCUUUUUUUGCCGCAGUGGUGACGGCGGCUUACGGUGUCAAUGCUUUCUUCUCCUAUUUGGACUGGAAGGGAGACGGAGGGAACGCUGCCACCGCCACGGUGCCCACCUAGGAAUCAAAGAAAAACCUUAGAAAGACUUUUGUCACUGCCAGGUCUUGUUCGCAAUGUCAACAAUCAACAAGGAGCCAUGAGAUGAUCAUUGUUGCUGACUCUGAAGAUGAAUGUGAAUAGAAACACAAUAACUUUGUCUGUUCAACAAAUGCCGACAAACAAUUAUUUUUUGUCUCUUUUGUUUCAAGGUAAUGUUAUUAAUAAAACAUUAGUACACAUAUUACAGUUGGAAGGUGAUUAUUCAACUGUGCAUUCACAAUAUUCAGAAGACAUUCUAAAUCCGGCUUUAAGUUCCUUUAUAAAAUACAUAGGGUCAUUUUAUUUAUUGGCAAUCUUAGAUAAAACACCAAAAUGAGUCAUGUUUGGGUCUUCCAGCGUGUCAAUGACCCAAAAAGGUAUUGCCAGGGCAACAAGGUUCCAGAAAACCUAAAGAAUUGAGAAGGUUUCUGAAAAGCAAUGACUCUCAACUGAUGGGACAAGGUCAGCUAGUCCAAAAUAUUUAUUUGUAUGCAUCGUGUAUUCUUAUUUCGAUUUUCCACUACAGUAGAGUUCCCACAUGCAACAAAGGUAAACAACAGGAAGUGGAGCUGCCUCACGCUUUAGCCACCACGAGUUUCCUCUGAGAAGCAUCGCCGUUUCGAGUGGGCCAAAAUCCUCCCUGAGAUGAACAAGAAACAUCUCAUCGUCGUGCUUGCCACCGGCUACUAACUUGUGUUUUGCUUGGCGAUCAAAUCAUUCUUUCACUCAAUAAAAUGGACAUUUUAUAACAACUGA